AUGGUUGAUCAGCUUCAACUGCGUUUGGUUUCCAAAGUUAAAGCGCUGCAAAGACAAGAGGCCUUCAGCAAGUCUUGGGACAGCUUUAGCAAGGCCAGCAACCUGUUGAAGGAUCCGGGCCGCUGUCCUCCAAGAUUCCUGCUCUCAUGGCUGGAAAGUGUGGAAGAAGUGCCAGAUGACUUGCAGGUGCUUUUGCAGAAGGCAAAGGCACAGUUGGAAGAGACGACCAAGCAACUGGAACAGAACACGAAGCAACGCCUCGUGGUCCAAGGUGAAGAUCGCACGCUCAUGAAACGAAAGCACCACGGACUGCCAAAGAAGCAGAGCCACAAAGGUGCUCUCCCGCCAAUGCUGAGCAUCUCGAAGCUUUAUACAGCAGCCAGGACUGGCAGCCUGACCCACGGAUACCACUUCUCAUGA